AUGAGUUGGAGUCCAAAACAAAUAAAAAGGGGAAAAAUAAAAGAGAAUUCUCCAGAGAAUGUUGGGAACAGAAAACUUAUCGAAGAUUCUGAAAGCUGUGAGCAAUGUACAAAUUUAGAAGAGUCUCAGAAAGUAUGCUGUAUUUUGUGUGGAAAAAUUAAAUGUUCAAAUUGUAAUAUAAGUACCGUUGAAUAUAAAAUAUAUGAUAAAUUAAUUUGUGGAGAGUGUAUUUCUAAAUUAUAUCUUGAGACAGACAACUUGCUUCAGGAGGAAUUGGAUGUAAAGGAUCAGAUUAAUCUAAACUUAAAAAAAGGUCUAGAAGAACAAUUUCAAGUCAUUUCAAAGUGUAAACAGUUCAUUAUAGCUCUGGAAGAAAUAAUAUCAUUUCAAGGUUUAUGGAAAUCAAUUUGUGAAAUAGAAGGUACCGAGAAUAUUCAGAAUCUAUUAUUUGAAAGUCAAGCUGGAAUUCAAAAGUGGAAUCAGAAAAAUAGACAGCUGGAGAUGGAAAACUCUAAUUUAAAAUCCCAACUAAGCCAACAGAAUACCAAUAUAUCUAUUCUAGAAUCUCAUAUUCAAAGCUUACAGGAAGACUACAACCGUUCCAAAGAAGUCAUAGAAUCUCUAAAAAAAAUCCAAUUUGAAAAGGACAAUCUAAAGAGCAUAGCUAGUGAAACAUCCUCCUUAAUGGAGAAGUUCAGAUUAGAAAAUGAUGGGCUUAGGGUAAGAUGUUUUCGGCUCGAACAAAGAGUCAAAGAACUUACAAACAAUUAUGGGACUGAAUCUUACCAAGUAAAUUCUCCAGAAGACAAAAGACAAUCUGGCAUUGUUAGAACUAUUUCAUUAGGCUUACAAGAUGACUAUUUUCCUCACUCAAUUCUUGAAAACUCCUCCAUCAUCUUUAAUAACUACCAGCUCGUUAAUUGCGUUGAAAGAGUAAUAUUAAACAUCAAAAACUUGCUCUGUUGUUGA